AUGACCCAAACGAUCUCUUUCGCCGAAGAUAUCGGUUCUUGGAAUCCAGCAUUUCGACCGGAACAUAUCACGCCCCAAAUACCGGCGACCAUGGCCGAAGAUGGCCCAUCGGACACCUUGGUCAAUGAAAGCGCGCCCGAAGCUUCCAAACCCGACGUCAAGUCACCCUUGAGUGAUGACGACUUUUCAGCGUGGGAUAUGCCGGAAGACAAGCUAAAUCCCGAACUGCAGCCUACAUCCCUUAACUCUGUUAUGGCGGGUGUAGCGCAGGAGAACAGUCCGAACGGAGAUAAUGUUCAAGACGAAAUCGCAACAGACCUCAGAAGUGCGGAUUCUACAACAACAACUCCGUCGCAUGGUCUUCCCCUUGAUGCCGCGCCCACAAAUCCCGAAUCUGUCGUUACUGUUGAGCCCCAGCAUACCAACUCCUCUGAGCCUGCUGCUAUCUUUACGUCAACUGAUGAUUCGGUCGAUUUCUCAGAGCUAUUAGCGAAAGGCACGGAUGCUGAGCAACCGGCCAACCAGCUGUCAGAACCCGUUGAAGAAGAAACCGUCUUUGAUACCAUACCAGAUGCUCCUGCACAAGAAGCUUCCCAAGUGCAACCGCAGCCAGCUGAAACUGCGCAAGCUGAAUCAUCCUCGAUCGACGCGGUAUUUGCAUCCAGCGAAGAGACUGAUGACUUUUCGGCUUUGUUGUCGGCCAAUACCGAGCCUGCGUCUGUUCCACAAGCAGCUGAGCCAGUCGAAUAUCGAGUCCCCUCCGAUGAAGAACAAACACAAUCAAAUGAAGAUUUAUCCACGACCCCGCAAUCUCAAUUGCCUGUUGAUGAGGCCCCGGUACCACAAGUAUCACAGAUCAAUACGGAGAAUGGAUUUGCAAACGAGCCGACGGGCGAGGAGUCACUCAAGUCUAUCGAUCAGAGGCAACAAAAUUCCGAGGCGCCCCUAUCCUCUACAACGGCAAACAACGCUAGCGAAUGGAUGAACCAAGGGGAUGGGGAAAUGGAUUCAGAUGGUGAUGACUUUUUCAACCAACUCAAAACACAAACCAAGCCAAUUUUCGCACCGCCGGAAGCAGAGUCCAGAUUUGAAGAAGGAGUUCCGCUUCUAGAGGAAGAUGGCCCUGAGUCCCCUGACCGUGCUAUGUUUGAUGAUGAUGCCAGCAACAAUCCUUUUGGUAAUGACCAUGGGGACGAUCCCGAGGGCUUCUUCAGUUCCUCCAAACGUCCAGACGCCACUGAUCAACCAACUAUGCACAUUACACGUAAGAGUACUAGCCAGGUGAUGGAAUCGGUUGGUUUUGAUAUUGCCUCUCCAGCUAGCGAUAUCUCGGCGGCUGCUCAGUUUGAUGAUGUUAUCAAGGCUGCGACAUCGGAUCCUCAGGAGGACCAAGCACAGUCAAGCGCACCUGUGCCCGCGGCCGCGCCCGCAGAGGAUGAUUUGGCUGCCCGUUGGGAAGCAGAGUUGAGUGAUGCAGAGGAAGAAGACCUCGCAGCUCGUUGGGAGGCUGCAUUGGACUUGGAUGACAUAGAUGAUGAUGAGGAUGCAGCGCAAGCCACGCAGUAUGUUCCGCAAAGUCCGUUACAUGCUGGCCCGGCGGCUCUGAAUAGCCCAUUUGAGACACCUCAACAACAACAACAGACCCCUCCGAGACCUAUUCCGGGUGUAUAUGUCCCUCAUCAGCCUUCCACCGCAGAUUUGGUAGGCGGAGUUGGUUUCCCUGGUGCUCCACCUCAAAACUCCAGUGUACCUCCGUACUAUGCACAACAGCCACCCAACCCAGUGAAUUCCAGAGGAGAAAGCUUUGCUGAACGAUCGAAAGAAGGUUACAAAUCCCCUUACGAUCUUCCUGAUGACCUGUCGAGACCUCGACGCCCUAUUCUCACCCACAAGCCUACCCCAAAGGUAGACAACAGCAUGCCCCCACCGCCACCCCCAGGAAGUGGCCCAGGGCAUUAUAUUGGCUCGGCUGCAGCUCCCCCAUUCACUGCCACGGCUCCUUCGGCACCAGCACCAACAGCAGCGCCUGUCGCCCCGCUGCCUACCCCAAAGAACUUUUUUGAGGAGCUUCCAAUGCCUGCUCCGCGGUCUCGCCCGGCCAGUUCUGGUCGCUAUACCCCUAACCCUACGGUCACGGCAACAGGGCCGUCUGUAGGUCCGCCACCCCAAAAUCCGUAUGCGACUAUACCAGCUCCUACUCUCGCCUCACAGCCUCCUGUUGGACCUCCCGCUGCUCCUCCCACUGCACAUUUUCCCGCGCAUUCUUCGCUUGAACCACCCGAGCGGUUAGACCCAUACGGUUCUACAGGACUUUUGGCUUCCAGUGCGCCGUCUGGCCCAAUCGCCACGUCCAGAUAUUCUCCGAAGCCUCCUGGAUUACAACCUUCAGGGAAGCCAGCUUCCUCUCCUAGAUACUCGCCUGCGCCGCCGCCUGUGCCUGCUGGUGGUCGGGGUCGCUAUGCCUCGCAACCAUUAAGUGUCCCUGGACAAGGUUCCAAUAUGCCAUUCCAACCUCGUACUUCGAGUCCCCUCGCAUAUCACGAAAAGGUUUCAUAUCAACCCAACGAGGCCCAGCAGAUGCCGCCACCUUCUCUUCAGCCCUCUGUGGAUCUUUCCCCCCCUCGACAGCGCCCGAGUGUGGACCAAGGAUCACCAUAUGCCCCACAGACUUCUAAUGGGUCUCUUUACGCUCCUGGCGUUCCACAAAUUCCUCAGCAAACACCGCCAAAGCUCCCAUAUGCGCCUCAGGAAUAUCUCGACGAGUUUACAAAGCGCAUGACACCAAAUAACAACUAUGCUCCUGCUCCUGCCCCCCCUAUGGUACCCGAUAUCCAGCCUUCCCAACCACUUGAUUCGGGGGUUGUCUCUCCUCGCAGAUCGCAAACGCAGUCUCCAGGACAACAACAAUUGACAAGUCCUCGAGCUUUCGUUCCUUCAAUUGAGACUAUGCCACGUCCUGCUUCGGUCCAUGGUUCCAGCUCCCCAACAAAGACUGUCAACCCGUAUGCUCCUCAGCAAGCUGCAAACCGCGCACGGGCUGCUUCAAAGGCUUCCCAACAACUGGAGUUCAUCGUACCUACAGAUGGACAGGAGCAGGAUCCCCUUGGCCGUUGGAAAGGUGCUCCUAUCUUCAAGUUUGGAUUUGGAGGCUCGGUGAUUUCUUGUUUCCCUAAACACAUUCCUCGUUACUCGGCCGGCAUUCCGUCACCAAUGAUCAAGCCUACUCUUGGUGACCCUAGAUACUCACAGCUUGAUUCUUGGCUACCAUCUGGUGACACUAUAGUACCUCAUCCCGGACCCCUGAAGGCCAAGUCCAAAAAGAAGGAUGUGCUGGCCUGGCUUUCGAGCAAGAUUGCAGCCUUUGAGAACGAGGAAACGCCAAGCUUCAAUAAUUCGCAACCUGAUGCGCGAGCGCGUCAUGAAGAGAAGAUUCUGCUAUGGAAGAUGACUAAAAUCCUCGUUGAGAACGAUGGCACCCUUGAAGGGUCGCCCGAAAUUCAGAAGUCACUACGCCAGGUCAUUUUCCCGAGUCUUCAAGAGUCUCAGCCUGAUGGAUCUUAUGGCAACUCAUUCGCCGCCCCUGGUGCUGCCCAACCCUUUGGUCUGCCAUCUCAAGCAGAUUCUGCUGAUGCUCAAUGGAGCCAGGAACUUCGUACUAAUCUUCUCCUCGGUGAGCGUGAGAAGGCAGUCUGGGGUGCAGUCGAUCGGCGACUUUGGGGUCACGCAAUGAUUAUCGCCUCUACGAUGGAGAAAUCUAUUUGGAAGCAAGUUGUGCAAGAAUAUGUUCGGCGUGAGGUUCGAUCUCCGAGUGGUGGCACUGAAUCGCUUGCAGCUCUCUACGAAAUCUUUGCUGGAAACGUUGAGGAGAGUAUUGAUGAACUGGUGCCCCCAUCUGCGCGAGCUGGCCAUCAUCUAAUAAGCAAAGCAGACGGGCAGGGCACAUCCAAGAAUGCCCUCGCUGGCCUUGAAAGCUGGAGAGAUACCCUCGGGUUGGUGCUAAGCAACCGCAGCUCUGACGAUCAUCAGGCGCUACUAGCACUUGGUCAUCUAUUAGCUUCGUACGGCCGUAUUGAGGCCGCUCACAUCUGUUUCAUUUUCUCUCGAAGUGUUGUCUUCGGCGGAGCCGAUGAUCCUCAGGCCAAUAUUGUGCUUCUUGGAGCUGAUCACCAGCGUCUACCUUGCACCUUACUUGACGAAGAUGCUAUUCUCCUGACUGAGAUCUACGAAUUCGCUACUUCUGUCUUAGCGAACUCUCCAACCGCCAAUUUAUCACAUCUUUUGGCCUUCAAACUUCUUCAUGCCAAGUACCUCGCUGAUCGCGGUCGCAAAACAGAGGCACAGAAUUACUGCGAUUCAUUGGCUACAUCGCUUAAGUCGACUACUCGACCGUCACCCUAUCACCACCAGUACCUGUUUGCUGAGAUUGAUGAACUAUCAGCUCGCCUUCGACAAACCGCUAGCGAUGGUAAUUCGUCUUGGAUUUCAAAACCUAGCAUGGAGAGGGUGUCUGGCUCUAUGUGGGCUCGAUUUAAUAGUUUUGUCGCAGGCGAUGAGAGUGAUGCUGCAUCGAAUGUUUCCGGUAAAGCGCCUGACGCUCCCGAAUUUGGUCCCUUUGCGAAUGUAGCUGGAACCCCCACCGUGAGCCGGUCCCCGUCUAUGUCUGAUAUGUAUGGGUCUUAUCCUGGAGCCGGGGCACAGCCAAUUCCUGCUGGCGGGUCUUCCAAGUAUCUUCCAUCGAGCCAGUAUGCACCGACCGCGUCCCCAGAUCAACAAUUUCGUGGUCGGUCUUCAAUGGAUUCUCAACGGUCUGCUUCUGGUGGUCUCGCUUUUGGUCAACGACGUCUGUCACAGGAACCUGAAACCCCAGUGGAUUCUAUGUUCUCAAACGCUUUGAUGUAUGGAUCACCAGGCUCUGUUGGGUACCAGCCCACGCCGCCUCAGUCAUCAUACGUACCUCUAGCGCCCGUCAGAGAGGAUGCGACUCAAUCUCCAGCUGAUGCCUCCCAGCCUGCGGUCAAUGGGCUAUUCUACCAGCCUCCAGGGUCAAAUGACGGCUCUGUUAACCAGUCGCCUUUCUACCAAGGUCCACCUGGUAUGCCGCAGGCGGAAAACUCUGGCUACAUGCCUCCAGCAGUUGCCAACUCCUAUGCGCCUCCAUCUUACGCUCCAGAUGUCAAUAUUUCUCUGGAGCACUCCGAAUCACAGGAUGAAGAGGAGCUCAACCAUAAAAAGAAGGCAUUCAUGGACGAUGACGAUGAUGAAGAUCUCGCUGCUCGGGCUUCAGCUCUGAAAAUAUCUCAGAAGCAAGAAAAUGACCGCAAGGCAGAUGAGGCAUUCCGAAAGGCAGCUGAAGAAGAUGAAAAACGUGGUGCUGCCCAGCAAGGGCAAAAGAAGGGUUGGUUCGGCGGUUGGUUCGGAGGUGCUCCCAAGAAGGAACCCGACAAUGUCGGUGGUGGUCCUAUCAAGGCCAAGCUUGGCGAGGAAAACUCGUUCUACUACGAUAACGACCUCAAGAAAUGGGUCAACAAGAAAGACCCCGGCUCAGGUACCGCUGCUCGUGCUACGCCACCACCUCCUCGCGGUUCUGCUCCUCCCAGUCGAGCCAGCUCCGGUAGCAUGCCGCCUCCCCCUGCUCCUAUGUCUGCCGCUUCAGGUAGCCGUCCACCCUCGUCAUCCAGUGAUGCCGCGCCUCUGUCCUCAAGCCCCGCCUUCGCAGGGCUGAGUGUUCCUCCGCCCAUGCCUCGUUCUGUUUCUUCGAACGCAGCAUUAUCCUCGUCUCUGCCUGGUUCAUCGAGCGGCCUAGCCCCACCUCGACCUGCUUCCUCUCUGAGUCAUGCCCAAUCGAUUGAUGAUCUUUUGGGUGCGCCUACCGCCCGAAAGGGCGGAGCCGUGCGCGGUAAGAAGAAGGGCCGCUACGUUGAUGUCAUGGCGAAAUGA